AGAACACAGAAACAAUCACUGCACUGAAGAGUUUAGAGGAGCGCUGCCAGCGGAUCCUGCAGGAGAUGGAGGGGUCUUUGACAGCUCGGGACCGGGUGGGCAUUCAGGACUUUGUUCUUCUGGAUGCCUACACCAGUGAGACAGCAUUUAUGGACAACCUCAGAAAACGGUUUAAUGAGAACCUCAUAUAUACCUACAUUGGGACCCUCCUGGUGUCAGUUAAUCCAUAUAAAGAGUUGGGUAUCUAUACCAAGAAACAAAUGGACAUUUACAUGGGAGUCAACUUUUUUGAGCUGCCUCCUCAUAUCUUUGCACUUGCUGACAAUGUUUACCGGACAAUGAUUAGUGAAACCAACAACCACUUCAUCCUCAUUUCUGGUGAAAGUGGUGCUGGCAAGACGGAGGCCUCUAAGAAAGUCCUGCAGUUCUAUGCAGUGUGCUGUCCCAGCACUAGACUCCUGGACAAUGUGAGAGAUCGGCUCCUUCUUUCCAAUCCGGUGCUGGAGGCUUUUGGAAAUGCCAAAACCCUGAAAAAUGACAACUCGAGUCGAUUUGGAAAGUACAUGGACAUACAGUUUGACCAUCAGGGAGCAGCAGUUGGUGGCCACGUCUUAAGCUACUUACUGGAGAAGUCAAGGGUGGUCCACCAAAAUCAUGGAGAAAGGAACUUCCACAUCUUUUAUCAGUUAGUUGAGGGAGGGGAGGAUGAGCUUCUUCGCUGGCUUGGUUUGGAGCGAAACUGUCAGAAUUACCGCUUUCUUAUUCAGGGAGAAUGUGCCAAAGUGAGCUCCAUUAAUGACAAGAGUGACUGGAAAACAGUACAGAAAGCUCUCACCAUCAUUGAGUUUAGUGAAAAGGAUAUAGAGCAUCUGUUUGCCAUCCUUGCCAGCGUCCUUCAUCUUGGCAAUGUUCACUUUGGGGCCAGUGCCCUGGGUUAUGCCACAUUAAACAGCAGUGCGGAAGUACACUGGCUGUCAAAGCUAUUGGGCAUCCCCUCUAACAUGUUACGGGAGGGUUUAACUCACAGGAAGAUUGAAGCCAAAGCAGAAGAGGUUCUAAGCCCUUUCACCGCUGAACAUGCGAAGUAUGCCAGGGACGCACUAGCCAAAGCCAUCUAUGGCCGCACAUUCUCAUGGCUUGUUAAUAAGAUUAAUGAAUCGUUGGCAAAUAAGGAUUCAACCAGAAAGACGGUGAUUGGGCUGCUCGACAUCUAUGGAUUUGAAGUGUUUGAUGUGAACAGUUUUGAACAGUUCUGCAUAAACUUCUGCAAUGAAAAGCUUCAGCAGCUUUUCAUCCAGCUCACCCUCAAAUCAGAGCAGGAGGAGUACGAGAUGGAGGGAAUUGAGUGGGAGCCAGUGCCAUACUUCAACAACAAGAUCAUCUGUGACCUAGUGGAGGAGAAACAUAGAGGCAUCAUAUCAAUACUGGAUGAAGAAUGUUUGCGUCCUGGCGAAGCCACAGAUUUUACAUUCCUGGAGAAGCUAGAGGAGAAGAUGUGCGGUCACCCUCAUUUUGUCACGCACAAAUUGGCUGACCAGAAAACACGCAAAACCCUUGAACGAGGGGAUUUUCGUCUUCUACACUAUGCCGGAGAGGUUACUUACUCAGUUGCUGGAUUUCUUGACAAAAAUAAUGAUCUUCUGUACAGAAACAUUAAAGAGGUCAUGCGACAGUCGAAGAACAGUAUUAUACAGCAUUGCUUCAAUGCUAUUGAACCUGAUGGCAAGAAAAGACCUGAGACGGUGGCCACCCAGUUUAAGAACAGCCUUGCAGGCCUCACUGAAAUCCUCAUGACCAAGGAGCCAUGGUAUGUGCGGUGCCUGAAACCCAACCACUGCAAGCAGCCAGACCGCUUUGAUGACGUCAUGGUGAGACAUCAAGUCAAGUACCUGGGGUUAAUGGAGCACCUGAGAGUCAGGCGUGCUGGGUUUGCUUAUAGAAGAAGAUACGAGGUUUUCCUGAAAAGAUAUAAGGCUCUUUGUCCUGACACAUGGCCACACUGGAAGGGGACACCAGCAGAGGGAGUGCAGCGACUCAUCAAACACCUUGGCUACAAACCAGACGAGUACAAGAUGGGAAGGACAAAAAUCUUCAUUCGCCAUCCCAGGACUCUUUUUGCCACUGAAGAUGCAUUUGAGAUCUGCAAGCAUGAAUUGGCCACAAGAAUCCAGGCCAAAUACAAAGGCUAUAGGGUGAAAGGACAAUACCAGAGGCAGAGGGAAGCAGCUACCAAGAUUGAGACAUGUUGGAGGGGCCUUCAGGCCAGAAAAGAGAGGGAAAGGAGAGCCUGGGCUGUCAAAGUCAUCAAGAAGUUUAUUAAGGGCUUCAUGAACAGGAAUCAGCCUGUCAGCAUGGACAACUCUGAGUAUCUGGCCUUUGUCAGACAGAGCUACCUCACUCGACUCAAAGACAAUCUGCCAAAAUCAGUAUUGGACAAAACCACCUGGCUAACUCCUCCACCCAUAAUGCAAGAGGCUUCCAUGUUCUUGCGUAAGUUGCACACACGUCUCCUUGUACGGAAGUAUGUUCGAGGGAUCAGUUCACAGCAGAAGGUGCAGCUGCAAAUUAAAGCACUGACCAGUGACAUAUUCAGAGGCAGAAAAGAGAACUACCCUCAGAGCAUAUGCCAACCCUUCGCUGACACUAGGAUAAGUGAAAAAGACAUAAACAUCAAAGUCUUGCAGCAGAUUUGUCCUGAGGGUAUUAAGUACAGCGUUCCAGUGAUUAAGUACGACAGGAAUGGCUUUCGGCCACGUUUCAGACAGCUGAUCUUCACUCAGGCCGCUGCUUAUCUGGUGGAAGAGGCCAAAAUCAAACAGAGGGUGAAUUACAGCUCACUAAAAGGGGUGUCUGUCAGCAAUUUAAGUGACAACUUUCUGAUUCUCCAUGUCAGCUGUGAUGACACAAAGCAAAAAGGGGACCUGGUCUUGCAGUGCAGCUAUCUAUUUGAGGCAUUGACAAAAAUCUGUGUGGUGACAAAAAACCACAGCCUCAUCAAAGUUGUUCAAGGGAGUGUGAGGUUUGACAUCCAGCCUGGCAAAGAGGGCUUUGUUGAUUUUAAGAGCAGCAGUGAAGCCAUGGUCUACAGAGCCAAGAAUGGACACUUGAUGGUGGAAUCUGCACGGACAAAAUCUCGAUGAUGAAGUUUUACCUCACAAACCUUCUCUACAAUGGCCCAAUUAAAGCAUUUCAGUCAAGUUUUAUUAAACACCAUAACUUGCCCUAAAAGAACAGAACAGUGUUUUCCAAUGGCCUCCCUAAUCAAACUCUCCUAAUUCAACUCAUCAGCUCAUCGGUAGAGACUCUAAGAGCUGAAAUAAGUGGUCAAGAUUAGGGUGGCAAAAUGUGUACUUUUGGGGAACUCCGUAACCAGGGUUGGGAAAUACUGCUAUAGGAUAUGAAGUGUGAAUUCAAGGGACAAAUCAUGAAAUAUCACUGCAAUUUAAUUACCAAGAGGAAAGGAAAACAAGUCCAACUGGAGUAUUAAAGUAGUAUAAUAUUAUAUAAUAUU